AUGCAAGAGGCCAAGCCUCUGCGCACCUUCCUCACCGAAUCCAUUCCACCUAUUCUCUACCCGCCAGCCAUCUUCGUCGGGCUUCUUCUCGGCCUGUGGACAUGGAAAUGCUUCUGGAUCAUUGUGAUGCAAAACAAGCUCCUAUACCUGUCAUGGCUACCGCCUUUCUCGCGAUCUGAUAAAAUCGCCGAAUACGAGGCUGAAUGCAAGCCCGUGCAUUGGGAAGAAAAGCAAAUUCACAGCCUGGAUGGGACCAAAUUGGCUGUUUGUGAAGGGUAUAUCCCAACCAAGGACAGCCAGAAACCAGUCGUCACGGGGAAGAAGACAAAAUCAGUGGUGAUAUGUUACUUCCAAGGCAAUGGAGGCUCAACUCCUCUUCGAUUACCACUCCUGUCACAAGUCCUGAGGACUAUCUCGACCAUGUCGAAGACCACAUCAUCAACAUCAUCAUCAUCUCACCAAACCAGAUUCACUAUAGUCGCCCUCUCAUACCGUGGUUACUGGACAUCAUCCGGCCGAGCAACACAAUCAGGAAUUAAACUCGACGCCCAAGCAUUUCUAAAAUGGGUUUCCGAAACAUAUUCAUCUCCAGAGACCGAUCUACAAGUCAUUCUCUGGGGCCAUAGCCUCGGCUCAUCCGUCGCAUGCUCCGCGCUCCCUACAUAUCUCACGCAGCGCGAAACCCAACAAUCCACAAAUGAUGCAAAGCUGGCGCCAAUCUCGGGUGUGAUUAUGGAGGCACCAACCUCCAGUAUCAAAGACAUGCUUAUCAGUUUGUAUCCUCAGCGAUGGCUUCCAUAUCGAUAUCUAUGGCCAUUUUCGUGGAAUACCUGGUGCAAUGCGACAAAUUUGGAGCGACUGGGUGAGUGGCGAGAUGAAAAUUCGGAUGCGUCUCAAUCAAUACCGCCGAUUUUUAUUUUGUCUGCCGAGAAGGACGAAGUGAUUCCUCCAUAUGUGGCUGGACAAUUGGAGAGGAGAGGUCAAGACCUCGGGCUGGACAUUUCAAUGAAAGAGGUCUCUGGGGCGAUGCAUACGGAUGGCCCGAUGAAAGUGGAUGGACGAGAGGCACUGGUCAGGUUUAUCCUCGAGAAGACCUCGAAAUAA